AUGUGUCUUGAUACUGGAGCAGACGUAGCAUUGCUGAACACAGCAGACUGGACCGCCAUGGGUCGACCGAAGCUGCAACCACCCCGUCUGACACUGAAGUCUGCCAACAACGAAGCGAUCAACGUUCGGGGAUGCUACGAAUGCAACUUCAUCAUUGAUGCACUACAGAAUACUCAUCCAGGCCAAACAAAUGCCAAGGAUGAAAAUGCUUGCAAGAAGCUUUGUCUAUUGGCCCACGAUGGGGAUCUCACAAACGGUACACGAGGUGUCAAAAUGGAAUCUCAAUUCAAUCGUCGAAAUGGAGCACGACGCCGCAGCUUUGAGGAUUGUUUUGCUAAGGAUUAUCGAGGACAGAAACUUGUACUCUCGGGUUCAUCACAUGCCGUGAUCGGCACAACAGCGACUAACACUUUCUUGGAUGUGUUCGACCUACCACUACUCGACUCCGUGAGCAAGGACGAUGGUGCAACGCCGACUGCCGACUCGUCUCAACGACAGCGAUCCCGCUGCUGA